UUUUGCCAACCAACACGGUAAAAUAGAAUAGAAGAAGAAUAUGCGAAACUUUAAACUCACCAGUGUCAGUUUGAGCUUAUGAGACAUUAUCCUUAUAUCACUUGUUUUAACAAAUCUGCUCUCAGUUUACUUAAAUGUGUUGUGGAUUUUUCAUGCGUUAUUGCGUCAGCUUCAAUAUUCAAGUUUUCUAAAUCUACGCAGAAUCACGACGUUUAGCGUUUUUCCAUAGAGGCAUAUCUGUUUUGCUACAUUUGGCUGAAACCAUCAGUUUCUACUACAUCAAUACAGUUUAAAAAUUACUUCUGCAGAGAUGGAGGUCCGUAAUCAGUGCGUGGCGUCCGCGGGACGGGCGAUCAUGGAUCUCAUUCAGUCUGAAUGGGAGCCGCUAUCUCAUUGGGAGCUUGAUCAACGUUUGGAUCGGGCAGUUGAAGAAAUGAUAGAGGCUGACCUCAUGGCCCAGGCUCAGUCUUCUUCUGUUGUCAUGCAAGAGUCCCAACAGGAAGAUUUAAAGCCAUUACAACCCGAGAAGAGUACAUCGGCUUACGAGUCUGAGCACCGUGCACAGGCUGCAGAAGCCGCAGAGGCAAACCCAGCAGUACAACAUAUAACCAAUCUUCUGCAAAGGUCCAGCUCAAACCACAGCAAAACCCGAUUGUCCGGUAGAGCUCGGUUGUCCUUGUCUCACACUGUCCUCCUGUCGCUCACCCUCCUAUACAAACGCAUCAGCUAUCGCAAUGUGUCUGCAAAUUUCCAUCUGGAAAAAGGAAAUAUUCACAGGAUCUUCUUUUCUUUCUGUGACAGAGUGAUUGCAUUACAGGAUCAGCUCAUCAAAUGGCCAACAGGACAGGAGGAAGUACAUCUGCUUCCUUUCUCCAGUUGGCUGGGUCACAACGAAGGCCUGGAAGAGAGAGGUCUUCCUAAAGUGCUUGGGGUACUGGGCGACACAAGCAUACCCAUUCGCCUACCCACCGGCAAGCCGGAAUGUGAGAGCGACCCUUCUGAAGCAAAGAGACUUAAGAAUGACCUAGAUCCAGAUUCAUGGCUGAACUUGGAACUGGUCAUCAAUGGUGAGGGCCGAUUCAUUUACUGCCACAUCAGCAAAGGCUCAGAAAAAGACAGAGGACGUGCAUUACUUGAAAUUCUCCAGCAAAAUCCUGAGAUGGUGCCUCCAGGGACCUGCCUGAUAGCCGACGUUGGAUACCCACUCACGGGGCAAAUACUUACUCCGUUCUCUGCAGGACGAAGCCCUCAGGAAAACCUUUACAACAAAUCUGUGGGGAUCCAUUUGGGCCGUUUUGAGCAGGCGUUAGCCGACCUAAAACAGCGAUUCCAGAAAUUGCGCUAUUUGGAUAUGGGGAACUAUGAUAGGGCGAAAGUUGUGGUUUUGACUGCUUGUAUAUUAAACAAUGUUUUUCUGGACAUGGGGGAUGUGACAAAGGGACUGAUAGCGCAAACCACAAAAGAAGAUGUAACAGAGGAGGUAACAGAUGAUGCGGCCGGGGUGGCCAUGAGGGACACUGUAGUAAAUCUUCUUUACAGCACACUGGAAGCAGAAACACAUUAAGCCUUUGAAAUAAAUGUAGGGACAUUCCACUUUUUUUGAAAAUACGUUAAUUUUCCAGCUCCCCUAGAGUUAAACAUUUGAUUCUUACCGUUUUGGAAUCCAUUCAGCUGAUCUUCGGGUCUGGCGCUACCACUUUUAGCAUAGCUUAGCACAGUCCAUUGAAUCUGAUUAGACCAUUAGCAUCGCACUAAAAAAUAACCAAAGAGUUUUGAUAUUUUUCCUAUUUAAAACUUGACUCUUUAGUUACAUCGUGUACUAAGACCAACAAAAAAUUAAAAGUUGCGAUUUUCUAGGCAGAUAUGUCUAGGAACUACUCUCAAACUGACGUAAUAAUCAAGGACUUUGCUGAUGUAACAUGGCUGCAGCUGCCCGAAAAUAGUCCCCUGCUAUUGAAAGUAGUGAUGAGCGAUUUUGAAGCGUGCCUCAUGAGGCUUUGAAACAUUUACGAAUCUUUUGUUUCGAAUCAUUGGUUCGGAGCUUGUUUCAAACUGGCCAAAGUCACGUAAUUUUAGCGUCAUAACUGUUUCGAAAAGUUUCGAAAAUCUGUCAAUACACCACUAAAGUUGAUCACAAAUGACCAGCGUAGGUGAAUUCAGGUCAGUUUUAUUAUAAAAGUUCAUAAAAUAUUCAUCCUUCUGUGCUCCUUUUUGUUUAUAGACAGAUUUAAUGACAAAAAUGUGCAUAUUUAAAAAGUGAGUUCGUUUUAAUGAUUUGUUUGCCAUAAAUUAAGCUAAAAUCACAGAAUACACUUUAAAUUAUGUCAUAAUUAAAUUAAAUAACUUAUUGUUCUUAAAAACAGUUUUAUGUUUGGACAGAUCUUGCUGCUUUUACACUAUUUUGACCAGCAGGUGUCGUCAGCGUGUAUGGUGUUCCGAACGCUUCGAAAAACUGAAUCAAUUUGCAAAGCAAUUGGUUUAAUUGAUGCGAAGCUUCGAAAAGCUUAGUUUCUCCCAUCAAUAAUUGAAAGUAACCAAGGGAACUACUUCGGGCAAUGCGUAAUAUCACUACGCCUGCGCAGCCAUGUUACAUCAGCAGUCACUGAUUAUUACGCCAGAAUGAGAGUAUAGUCGUAGCCAUAUCUACCUAGAAAAUCACAACUAUUAAUUUUAGGUUGGUCUUAGUAAACAAUGUAACUACAGAAGAGUCAAGUUUUAAAUAGAAAAACAUCAAAACUCUUUG